ACCGUGUAGAUAAGACUUUUUGUUGUUGUUUACAAAUUAUUUACGAAUGCUUGUGCUGACUGAUGACAUUUUGAAAUUCAUAAAUUUUUCAGAUCUUGAGAAAGUUGAAGCAUGAAAAUAUUAUUCAAAUGCUUGAUUCCUUUGAAAGCCCGCAAGAGUUUUGUGUUGUCACGGAAUUUGCUCAAGGUGAGCUAUAUGAGAUUCUUGAGGAUGAUAAGCGACUUCCUGAAGAACAAGUUAAAGCAAUUGAAAAGCAAUUGGUAAAAGCCUUACAUUAUUUGCAUUCCAACCGGAUCAUACAUCGUGAUAUGAAGCCCCAAAAUAUUCUCAUUGGUGCUGGAUCUGUUGUCAAGCUUUGUGAUUUUGGGUUUGCACGUGCAAUGUCCACAAAUACAGUUGUUUUGCGAUCCAUAAAAGGCACUCCACUAUACAUGGCUCCGGAGCUUGUAAGGGAACAGCCGUACACCCACGCUGUAGAUUUAUGGUCUCUUGGUGUUAUAUUGUAUGAGUUAUUUUUUGGCCAACCACCAUUUUACACAAAUUCUGUAUAUGCUCUCAUCAGACAAAUUAAAGAGGGUAAGGUUGAAUAUCCAGGUUCCAUGAGUCUAAAAUUCAAGAGAUUCUUAGAGGGCUUGCUUAACAAGGAACCAGAAAGUCGAUUAACUUGGCCCGCUCUUCUUGAACACCCAUUUGUUAUAGAAACGUCUGAUGAUCCUGAGGCCAGGGUAUUGCAUGAGAUAAGUGGUUCAGCUAGGGAUAGUGAUACAACACAGAGGGUCGAAGGAAAAACCAUUCAAACUUCAAAAGGAAAAUACAAUCAUACAACAGGUUUGGAGGAGCAUAUUGCGGCACCGCUUCUGGCUGAAGCUCAGUUAAACGGUCCUAACAUUAAGAAAACCAAUUCUUCGGUGCUUGAUGAGUCAGGCUGCCAAAGUUUGGACAUACUUGAAAACAACUCUCGCACGCUAAAAGGUGCACAAAUGAUUUGUCAAGAUAAUGAAGCAUUGGAACAUAUUCUGCUACCACUGAAAAGGUGGUCAAAGGGAUCACAAAAUAUUUGCAGUGUUCAAGAUAUUGCUGAUUCUAACCAGUCAUUGAGGAUUCUCGUAAACCUAGUUGCUGCUGGGGAUUUCAAUUCUAGUGGAUGUGUAGAUGAACUAAUAAGUGAACUCUUCUUCUUUACUAAAUCUGUUAUAAGUAUAACCAUGAAAUCCAUUGAAGUUGUUGACCUGAGCACCAAGGUAGGUGGUAUUAUCCUUCAAUGUCUAGAUCAUAUGGAAUUGAAUAAUUUGGGCAGGCCUGUGGGCUUUCUUGCUAAAAUGGUAUUGCACCCCCCUUUAGCAAACCAACUUGUGAAUAAAGGUCUUCUGGAUUCGAAUAGGAUGAGAAGGUUGUUUGAUCAUUUGGGCCCAAAAGAGGUCACACUCAAUGCUCUCAUGAUAAUUUCUAAUCUUGCUCGCAUGGACCAGAUAUUCUAUGAGUACAUUGAAGGUGCUUCUAUUUUGGAGUCUUUUAAAGUCUUACUUUCGCAUGAGGAUCCCAAUAUACGUGCUAAAUCUUGCAGUGCUCUUGGAAACAUGUGUCGUCAUAACGACUACUUUUAUAGUUCACUUGCAAGACACCAAAUUAUUAGUAUCCUUGUCGAUCGGUGUUAUGAUCCGGACAAACAAACACGGAAAUUUGCCUGUUUCGCUAUCGGAAAUGCGGCCCACUACAAUGACAUGUUGUAUGAAGAGUUGAGGAGAUCGAUUCCUCAGUUAGCAAAUAUAUUGCAAAUGGCAGAGGAUGACAUGACUAAGGCAAAUGCAGCAGGUGCACUUAGCAAUCUGGUUCGCAACUCUGACAAACUUUGUGAAGACAUGGUGUCAAAAGGAGCGAUUCAGUCUCUUCUGAAGUUAAUUUCUGAUUGCAGAAGUGAUUCAGCAAGUGAAUCCCCUUCAGAGAUAGCGCUCUAUGCCCUAGCAAAGAUGUGUGCAUAUCCACUCUGCAGACAGUUCAUACGUUCAUCACCUAUGUUGCCUGUGAUUAGAAGGCUUCAGCGGUCUCCAAAAUCAUCCAUUGCUAAAAAUGCCUCUCUGAUUAUCAACAAAGUCUCCAGAUGAUCGGGGAUCAGCGGAAAGACCUUAUUAGUUUUUUUUUUUUUUUUUGGGUACAUAGCAGUUUUUUUUGUUCAAGCCGUGCUUUGAUUGAAAUAAAAAUAGCAGCCAAAAGUCAGUUACAAAAAUUGUAGUCAAAAUGUGUGAACGUCCAAGUGUAAUUAAGAUGGGUUCUUUAAAUAUGUAAUUCUGGGUUUGAUUUCUGGAUUAAUGUAUAGGGGGAACUUUAAAGUUUUGCUAAUAGGGUCUCCGAUCUACCUUAAUGUCUGUAUGUAGCUUGAGAGAUUAAUGUCUGUAUGUAGCUCGAAAAAAGGCUCUCCACCUUAUUAGUUACCAAGUAGGAUACUUUGGAAAAAUAGGGUCUGUGUUAACGUAUGUUGAAACAAUUCCAGAUUUGGAGCUUUAAGGGGAGGGUAUUUUUUUUAA